CGCCUCAACACUGAAUGCAGGUCAUGUUCGUUCAGCUAUCUUCUUCGUAGUAUAGCUGGGGACUAUUUUUCGAUAGCUUACUACUAACUGUACACAAGACAAGUACGAAAAGUGGUAAUUACGUAAGGCCAUUUUAUUACUAUGACGGAGAACAAGGACGUAUGUGAAGCUAACUUACUAAGGCUUAAUACGAAUAAAACUAAAGGAAAUCCGGGCAACUACAACAGCGAGCUGGAUGAUAUUCCACCUUCCCUGAUCAGCUACUUUGAGACUUCAAAAAGCCGAGCAGCAGCCUGUGAGAAACUGAUCCUCGAUGAGCUCCAAGACGAUAAAACAGAGACUGAGAAAGAUUUUCUGUUGAACGUCGGCGCCUGUCGGCCAGAGCGGGAGAAACCUCACCAAGAGCAGCUGCAGGAAACAGAGMAAAGGCAGCAGAGAGAGAUGGACUUCCAGGAAGAGCUGAGGAGGAUCACGGAGGCUGAACAGUUUCAGCAGAUGGAACUUGAGCUCAGGAAGAGAAACRUUCAGGAGAAACUUGAACAGGAGCUGCAGCUUCACCAGGAGCUCCUCUGUAACUUCAAAAAGCAAGUGGAGAAAGAGAGGAUGAUGAUUGUAGAAGAGAAAAGAGGAAAAUUGGACGAGGAAGCAAAGAUAAGGGAGAAGGAAGAGAGGAGAAAAAAGGAAGAGGAGGACCAAAGGAAAAGACGAGAGGAAAACCAAAGAGGCAUCGAAGUGAGGCUUCAAAAAGAAAGAGAGAGGAGAGUGGCGGAAGAGACGAGGAAACAUGAGGAAGCUGAAAACAGAAAACGGAAACAGGACAAAAACACUGAGGAAGACAGAAGAAGGAGGGAGAAGGAAGAAAUGAGACAACUGGAAGCACAGGGACAGAGGGAAAAGAAGGAAGAGGAAACAAAAACGGAAGAGAAGAGAUGUUUUAUGGUAAUUGGAAAGAAGAUAACGGAGGAGGAAGAGAGAAACAGGGAUCAGGUAACAUGUAAGGAUGAACUGAACACAAUACAAGAGAAGGACGAUGAAGAAACGAGACUAGAGGAAGAUUUAAGAAUUAGUUCCCUUUAUGACGUUGGGGUGAAUCAAGAAGAAAUGAGGAAGGAAGAGGAAGACCAAGAAAGAGAAGACAGGAAAAUUUUAGAGAAUGAAAUGCCACACAGAGAAAGUGAAGAUAAGAGAAAGAUGGAUAACUGGAAGAGUCUUUGUUUAGAAAGUGAGCUCCUUUUAAGAAAGAAAGAGGAGACGGGAAGAGGCAAAGAGAUCGUACAGAGGUUAGAGACCUUUACACAGAGCGGAGGAGAGGAGCAAAGAAACACAGAAYAUGAAACCAAAGUUCAGCAAGAAAUGAAGGGAAGGAAAGAAUAUGAACGAGAGAACAGAGAAGAAGAUUUGGAAAAAACAGAGGAUGAAGAGAAGAUACAGGAAGAGUUGAAGGAUCCUGUGGAGAAAGAUGACAACCUGAUGAAAGACCAUGGGACAAAAGGUGAGGAAGUGGACAGAGCUGAAAAAGACCAACAGGUGAAAACAACUGAAGAUGUAGGAGACGUUGAUGCAAAAACAGAUCUGCAGCCGAUUAGUGGCAAUUGUCUGGAAGAGAACAAAGGAGAAAAUUACGUUUCAGAAUCACAGAAGUCAGGCAGAACUGGUCAGCGGGCCUCCCUAAUACCUGAUCCAAUACCUAGUGAGGCCACAGCAAAACGCAGCAUCUGUGAAGCCGCCCCGCUCCGUCACCCAGACGACAACAUCUCAGACACCUCCGCAUUACAAACUGUUGGCCAAAUACAUCCAGAGUCACAGCCUUCYGCCUCUUCCUGCUCUCUGCCCGCUUCCCUUCCUGAGCACACGGAGCUGAAAAGGUUGUCUUGGAUGGAACACUGUGUGUCCUGGUCCGAAUUGUCCCUCCAGAACAAGAGGAAGGAGAGAGGUUCCUCCCAGAGCCAGAGGACGACGAGGAGGGCAGAUGGACUUAGCGCGCUGGUCCCUCUUUGUCCACACAUCCUGCUUGAGUCCACAGGCACAAAGUCCCUCCUAGAGGUCACYACAGUGACUUUAGAAGACCUGGCGUCCUGCAGCCUGUCUACUCUCGCCCAGUGUGACCGACUGCAGUCCCUCACCCUCAGACGCUGCGGUCUCCGGUCUUUGGAGGGCAUCAGCCAGCUGCAGGAGCUCUGCUAUAUGGAUUUAGGGGAAAAUGAGAUCUCYUUCUUGGACUUUGAAAACAUGGGCAGUUUGAGAGUUCUCCGGCUYGCCCACAACAAGCUGACUUCCAUCCGCGGUUUAAACGACGCUCAUAGUUUGGAUGUUCUCGACUUGUCUCACAACUCYAUCACUCGCAUCGCUGGUCUGGAGUCUAUGAGGAGGCUGCAGAGGCUGUUAGUGGACCACAACCAGCUGAUUAGUACCAAAGGCCUUARGGAUGUUUAUACUCUCCACCACCUGGACUGUUCCCACAACCAUCUGGCGAACGUUGAGGGUCUGGAGAACAAUGCUCUUCUCCACACUCUGGAUCUAMGGUCUAACAGCCUUACUGAGCCCCCCAGCCUGAACAACCAGGUUCUCCUCAGAGAGCUGCUUCUGGACGAUAACAACAUCUCUUCCCUGCACGACCUCGCUGGCUGCUGGCUUCCUCUGCUCCUGCAUCUCUCUGUCGCACAAAACAGAAUAACCCAGCUGCCCUCCGUGACUGACUUUGUGUCUCUGAAACAUUUGGAUCUGAGAUUCAACUGCCUGUCAGAGUUACAAAAUGUGUGUGAAAAUCUGGAGGGAUGUGUGUUUCUACAGGAAGUUCACUUGACAGGGAAUCCUCUUCAGCAGGAGACUGAUUGGAAGUUCAGAUUGCAGAAAGCAGUUGCUGGCCUGAAGGCCGCGGACGGCCAGCAGACACUCUCCUCUCUUAGCUUGGCCACCGACAGCUUCCUCAUGCUCUGUCAGCUGCAGCUUCAACAAACUCAGGAUUUACAACAGCGACUCAGCAGGGAGUUCAGAAAGGCUUCAUCUUCUCUGGAUGCUAUGAAAAACUGCUGCCAUCACUUUACUCAGGCUUUGCAGCUAGCCGAGGACCAGAGAUUUGCUCAUGAAUACGGUGGCAUCACUGUGUCUGCAGGCCAAGCAAGGCCCGAGAAACCCCCGGGCAUGGAUGGUAGAAGUCAGGGAAAGCUCACAGAUUCCUUGAAAACCGAGUCUGCUGCCAUACGACCUCCUGACAACCUGAGCAGAAACGAACCCGGAUGUACUGAGGACACGCCAGAUGAAAAGAGCCCACAGGAUACAUUUGGAAGUGUUACAACAGGUCAGAGGUCGACAACGGAGUCAAAUGUUGCCAGAGGUUUUGUUGACUUUCUCCCUACAAAUGGAGAAAGAACCUCCACCAGUUUGGACAUGGGACCAGACGACCUGGACAGUAAAAAUGUUUCCACUGUGGUUCAGAGAAUGCAGAGGACAUCCGGGGAGAAAUGUGGACAUGCCGAAGCCUCGGAUAUUAGAGGAGAAGCAGAAAAGCCGUUGUUUGAGCUUUCCGUUAAUAACAUGAACGCCACUUGUGAAAACCACGCAGCAACUGUUAUACAGGCGUUUUGGAGGGGCUGCGCUCUGAGGAGGAGGCUUGCAUCCACCCUCGCUGCCUUCACGCGCCCUGACUCAGGAGAGGACGACACCUUAGAGGAGCUGGACGUGGAGGAAUUUGUCGUCGAUGAGUCAGCACUGGAGGAACUCUGGACAAUGACCUUCUCUGAGGAUUCUCCUCCUAUGCGUCAUCCUGUGACAGAGCAACACUUACCUCCACAGGUUGAACUUCAGCCAAGGCAGCCCUGGGAGGCUGAUGAGAAAGAAGAAGAAGUGAAAGAAGAAGAACAAGAUUCAUUAUGGAGUUCUACUAGUAGCAAGACUAAAGCUUCAACCUGUAUUCAGAGUGGUCAGAGUAUGCUCUCUUUUUCUGAAAGAUCAGAAAAAAUUCUACAAGAAUGGGGCUUCACCAACAGCCGCACAGCUUUUCUGAUGCUGAAAAGAGCUCAGAAGAUGAAGACGACCAAAAAGCAGCGGAAAAAACACAGAAAUCCCUUUGCCUUCAGUGGGUGCAAUUACCAAAUAAGCCCAGCGGAGGCGAGGAACAGAAUUUCACGACGCGGCAGACAAACUUUUGGAGUGUGAGAAUGCUCCGUGGGACGGAGAUGUUUCAUGCCUCCGAGCGCUUCUGCUAAUUUCCACUCUUACUUUUCCACUGACACCUUCCACUCGUCGCCUGGAGGCACACACUUCCACUCUGUUCCAGCCGAACUUCAACUUCAUCACACAUCUGUCCUCAAGUCACAGCGCCUGACGGUUCUGUGUUUUUAUUUCAGCCGCGGACCCCUACCUCUUGAACACUUAACUCGGUUUCACACUUCAUGUCAUCAACAAAGUCGAGCUGAAACUCAACCACUGUGUUUAACUCCAAUCCUCCAAAAUACCUCAAUCUCAUAACAUUUGCCGCCUCUUAUGUGCAUUCAGUUCUCAAGCUCCUAUAUACUCUGUCUAAGGGAGCAAAUCUUCUCUCUAUUCAGGAAGUGUUGGCACACUUUAGAGGCGAGCAGAGCAGUUAGAGCAGUCUGAGCUACUAACAUGGAUAGACGUCCAACUGAAAACACUAAUUCAGUCAUGUCUCAGACAUGCUCUAAUUCAUCUUCCACUUUGCACAUGUCAUUUAAACUUUAAACACUGCUUGUAAUACACUUUGAAAUGUCUCAAUUCAAGCGGAGAGUACAGGCAGGACCACGUUUAGAUUUUUAGAUGUAGUUGGAGGUCAUACUUUUCUGGUUUAUCUCAGGCAAAAUGUUGUAAACAAGUCUGUGAUGUAUUUUGAUUUUGGUGAGCACAAUGUACCCACUCCACCCCCUUAGUUGUGGAUGUUGAAAGAUAUUUUUUGGUCAUAACUGUGUUGUUUUUCAGAGUACAACAGCAUUAAAAACAAGAAUCAAAAAACAAGAAAAUGAAAAUGAAACAAAAUGCAGAUUUGGUUUUAAACUUUUGAUUAGCUGAUUGUCAGUCUGUUUAAAUUUAAUGCAGUUUUCACUCAUAUUAUUUUUGGAAAAACUUUGCAGCAAUAUUCUUCAAAACCACAGGUUAAGGUACUGACUUUGUUUGGUCCAUUACACCUUGAUUUUUUGAGGCAUUCUGUUGCAGAUUGACUGCAUUAUUUGGGACUUAUUUUCCCACUUUAUGCAACAUUUGGCUAAGCUUUCGCUUCACAUUUGACUCUGGAAUAUGUUCGUUUACUGAGCAGUUCAGGGUUGAAUCACAAGGCCUUUGGCUGCAGACAAACCUGAAUCAUAGACCUGCUUUCAAAAUGCUUGAGCGUUAUAAUUGAUGAGGCCUUUGGUCUGGUAUGUUAAUUGAUUUCUGCCAAACCUGAUUAAAGUAUACCUAAAUACCUCUA